GCCUUAGGCUGCGUGAGCAAAGGGCGGGAGCCCCGCAGCCAAGGCACGUCGGCUUCAGACCUGGUUCAGCAAAAAAACCUCCCCUGCCGCCCCAGAGCGACGCCCCGGGAGUCAGGCGAACGGACAGUACGCCCUUCUCGCCCCCUUUCCUCGCUCCGCCCCCUCCGGACCCUCCCAAAGAGCCCCCGCGACCGGCCCGGGUCCUGGCCACCCGCUGAAGAAGUCGCAGCCGCUGGAUUGGGAAGCCUACAAUUCAUGGGCGGGCCGUGGGGGUUCUGGCGUCUGCAGAGGGGGCUACCCAGAGCUGGGUGAGGGGCGGCCGAGAGCCCGGUGAGCGCGCACUCGAGACUGACCGCGCGGCGGCCCUCGUCGAGGCGAUGCCCAGGCGGCUGCGAGCCGCAGGCCACAGGAGGCCGUAGGGGGGCAUGGGCCUGGCGCCCCAGUCCUAGGGACCCUCGAGCCUCUCCUCUCUGCUCGGAGUCGCCUGACCUUAGCGAUGGCCUCGGAAGUGGUGUGCGGGCUCAUCUUCAGGCUGCUGCUCCCCAUCUGCCUGACAGUAGCGUGUGCAUUCCGGUACAAUGGACUCUCCUUCGUCUACCUCAUCUACCUCUUGCUCAUCCCUCUGUUCUCAGAACCAACAAGAGCGACGAUGCAAGGACAUACGGGACGGUUAUUAAAGUCUCUGUGCUUUACCAGUCUUUCCUUCCUGUUGCUGCACAUCAUUUUUCACAUCACCUUGGCUAGCCUUGAAGCCCAACACCGUAUUGCACCUGGUUACAACUGCUCAACAUGGGAAAAGACAUUUCGGCAGAUUGGUUUUGAAAGCUUAAAGGGAGCCGACGCUGGCAAUGGGAUCAGAGUGUUUGUACCUGACAUCGGGAUGUUCAUUGCUAGUCUGGCCAUCUGGCUCGUCUGUAGAAACAUUGUUCAGAAACCAGUGACAGAAGAAGCAGCACAGUAUAACCUGGAGUUUGAGAAUGAAGAAUUGGCCGGAGGAGGAAAAAUGGAUUCAGAAGAGGCACUGAUCUAUGAAGAGGAUUUAGAUGCAGGAGAUGGUGUUGAAGGCGAGACGGAAGAAAGCACAAAAUUAAAAAUCUUCCGCAGGCUUGCCUUUGUAGCUUCUAAGCUUAAGGAGUUUAUUGGCAACAUGAUAACCACUGCUGGAAAAGUUGUUGUGACGAUUUUACUUGGUUCAUCAGGUAUGAUGUUGCCAUCUUUGACCUCCUCUGUCUACUUCUUUGUAUUUUUGGGUCUGUGCACCUGGUGGUCCUGGUGCCGGACAUUCGAUCCUUUGCUGUUCAGCUGUCUCUGUGUUCUGCUGGCUAUUUUCACCGCAGGACACUUGAUUGGACUCUAUUUAUACCAGUUCCAAUUCUUUCAAGAAGCAGUUCCACCCAAUGACUACUAUGCAAGGUUGUUUGGUAUCAAAUCAGUAAUUCAAACAGACUGUUCCAGCACAUGGAAGAUCAUAGCAAACCCAGAUCUGUCAUGGUAUCACCACGCCAACCCCAUUCUCCUGCUAGUGAUGUACUACACGUUGGCAACUCUGAUCCGCAUCUGGCUACAGGAACCCCUUGUGCAGGAUGAGAGCACCAAGGAAGAGGAUGGAGUCCUGGCUUGUAGACCCAUCCGAUUCAGGGCUGAGAGGAGGCGGAGCCUGUGGUAUGCGACCCAGUACCCAACCGAGGAGAGAAAACUUCUAUCCAUGGCCCAAGAUGACUACAAACCAUCUGAUGGCCUGCUGGUGACUGUGAAUGGCAAUCCCGUGGAUUACUACGCCAUCCAUCCUAGUCUUCCCAUCGAGAAUGGCCCCGCCAAAGCCGAGCUGUACUCCACGCCACAAUACCGGUGGGAACCCUCAGAGGACUCUUCAGAAAAGAAAGAGGAAGAAGAGGAUGAGAAAGAAGAAUGUGAAGAGGAAAGGAGCCAUGAAGAAAAACGAAGUGUGAAAGUGCACGCCAUGGUCUCUGUGUUCCAGUUUAUUAUGAAACAAAGUUACAUCUGUGCCCUUAUUGCUAUGAUGGCUUGGAGCAUUACCUAUCAUAGCUGGUUGACUUUUGUGCUAUUGAUUUGGUCGUGCACUCUUUGGAUGAUUCGCAACAGAAGAAAAUAUGCCAUGAUCAGCUCUCCUUUCAUGGUUGUCUAUGCAAAUCUAUUGCUGAUAUUACAGUAUAUAUGGAGUUUUGAACUUCCGGAAAUUAAAAAGGUCACAGGAUUUUUAGAAAAGAAAGAGCCAGGAGAACUUGCCUCAAAGAUACUUUUCACCAUUACUUUUUGGCUACUGCUGAGGCAGCACCUCACAGAGCAAAAAGCCCUUCGAGAAAAGGAGGCUCUUUUAUCUGAGGUCAAAAUUGAAACUCAGGAAAUUGAUGAAAAAGAUGACGAACAAGAUAUACAAGUGGAAGGAGAGGCUGAAGAGAAGGAGGAAGAAGAGGAAGUGAAGAAGGAGAAUCAAGAGCUUGAGAAGGAAGAGGAGGAGGAAGUGGAAGAUGAUGAACAGGACAUCAUGAAAGUCCUGGGCAAUUUGGUGGUGGCCAUGUUCAUUAAGUACUGGAUCUACGUCUGUGGAGGAAUGUUCUUCUUUGUCAGCUUCGAGGGUGACAUUGUGAUGUACAAAAUCAUCUACAUGGUGCUGUUUCUGUUCUGUGUGGCCUUGUAUCAGGUGCACUAUGAAUGGUGGAGGAAAAUUCUUAAAUAUUUUUGGAUGUCUGUGGUUAUUUACACGAUGCUGGUGCUUAUCUUUAUAUACACAUAUCAGUUUGAAAACUUCCCAGGCCUGUGGCAAAAUAUGACUGGAAUGAAAAAAGAAAAGCUUGAGGAUCUUGGCUUAAAACAGUUCACCGUAGCUGAACUAUUCACUCGCAUAUUCAUCCCAACCUCCUUCCUGCUGGUGUGCAUUUUACACCUUCACUAUUUCCAUGACCGGUUCCUGGAACUAACAGACCUAAACUCCAUUCCCAGCAAAGAAGACAGCGCCAUCUACAGACUGGCCCACCCUGAAGGAAGCCUUCCGGACCUUGCCAUGAUGAACCUGACCGCCAGCCUGGAUAAGCCAGAGGUGAAGCAGUUGCCUGAGCUUGAUGAGGAGAAACCAGAGGAAUGCUUGGAGAAACCUGAGAAGAGUGAGCUUGGGAAAGACAGUGAGGAUGAUGAGGAGGAUGAAGAUGAAGAGGAGGAGGAAGAGACGUCAGAUUUAAGGAACAAAUGGCAUCUGGUGAUUGACCGCCUCACUGUGCUCUUCUUAAAAUUCUUGGAGUAUUUUCACAAGCUACAGGUGUUCAUGUGGUGGAUUUUGGAGUUGCACAUCAUCAAAAUUGUUUCAUCCUACAUUAUCUGGGUUUCUGUGAAAGAGGUGUCUGUGUUCAACUAUGUAUUUUUGAUUUCUUGGGCUUUUGCUCUGCCAUACACCAAGCUACGCCGUCUGGCUUCAAGUGUCUGCACUGUCUGGACAUGUGUGAUCAUCGUCUGCAAAAUGUUGUACCAGCUGAAAACCAUUAAGCCUGAGGGAUUUUCUGUUAACUGUUCCUUGCCAAAUGAAAAUCAAACUGAUAUACCCCUUCACCAGUUGAACAAGUCUCUACUGUACAGUGCUCCUGUGGAUCCCACCGAGUGGGUCGGACUGAGGAAGUCUUCCCCUUUGCUCAUCUACCUGAGGAAUAAUCUCCUAAUGCUGGCCAUUCUAGCCUUUGAAGUUACAAUUUACCGCCAUCAGGAAUACUAUCGAGGUCGAAACAACCUCAAGGCCCCUGUGUCUAAAACCAUCUUUCAUGACAUUACAAGACUCCAUCUAGAUGAUGGACUUAUUAACUGUGCCAAAUAUUUCAUAAAUUACUUCUUCUACAAGUUUGGUCUGGAGACCUGUUUCCUAAUGUCGGUUAACGUAAUCGGUCAGCGAAUGGAUUUCUAUGCCAUGAUUCACGCCUGCUGGCUGAUCGCUGUCUUAUUCCGACGCAGAAGAAAAGCCAUAGCAGAGAUCUGGCCUAAGUACUGCUGCUUCCUGUCAUGCAUCAUCACGUUCCAGUACUUCAUCUGCAUAGGCAUCCCCCCUGCUCCCUGCAGAGAUUACCCAUGGAGAUUCAAGGGUUCAAGCUUCAACGACAACAUCAUAAAGUGGCUGUACUUCCCAGACUUCAUUGUGCGGCCCAACCCUGUGUUUCUCGUCUAUGACUUCAUGCUGCUUCUGUGUGCCUCCUUACAACGGCAGAUUUUUGAGGAUGAAAAUAAGGCUGCGGUAAGAAUCAUAGCGGGGGACAAUGUGGAGAUUUGCAUGAACCUUGAUGCGGCCUCCUUCAGCCAACAUAACCCGGUGCCAGAUUUCAUUCACUGCAGAUCAUACUUAGAUAUGUCCAAAGUGAUCAUCUUCAGUUACCUCUUCUGGUUUGUCCUCACCAUCAUCUUCAUCACCGGGACAACUAGAAUCAGCAUCUUUUGUAUGGGUUACUUGGUGGCCUGCUUCUAUUUCCUGCUCUUUGGGGGUGAUUUGCUAUUGAAACCAAUCAAGAGUAUCCUGCGCUAUUGGGACUGGCUGAUUGCAUACAACGUUUUUGUGAUUACAAUGAAAAACAUACUGUCAAUAGGAGCAUGUGGAUACAUUGAAAACUUGGUUAAAAAUUGUUGCUGGUUAAUCCAAGCUUUCAGCCUGGCCUGCACAGUGAAAGGCUAUAAAAUGCCUCAUGAUGAUCCCUCAUGUAAACUACCCAGUGGGGAAGCAGGAAUUAUUUGGGACAGCAUAUGUUUUGCCUUCCUCCUGCUGCAGAGAAGAGUUUUCAUGAGUUACUAUUUCCUGCAUGUUGUGGCAGAUAUAAAAGCUUCACAGAUCCUGGCAUCGAGAGGGGCUGAACUUUUCCAAGCCACAAUUGUAAAGGCUGUAAAGGCAAGAAUUGAGGAAGAGAAAAAGUCAAUGGAUCAGCUGAAGAGGCAGAUGGAUCGCAUCAAGGCCAGGCAACAGAAAUACAAAAAGGGUAAGGAGAGGAUGCUGAGCUUGACCCAGGAAUCAGGGGAAGGCCAAGACAUCCACAAACUCUCUGAAGAGGAUGACGAUAGAGAAGCAGACAAAAAGAAAGCCAAGGGCAAAAAAAAGCAGUGGUGGCGGCCUUGGGUUGAUCAUGCUUCCAUGGUCAGGAGUGGAGAUUAUUAUUUGUUUGAAACGGAUAGCGAAGAGGAGGAAGAGGAAGAAUUAAAAAAGGAAGAAGAAGAACCUCCAAGAAGGUCAGCUUUCCAGUUUGUUUAUCAAGCUUGGAUUACUGACCCUAAAACAGCACUCCGACAGAGGCGCAAAGAGAAAAAAAGGUCUACAAGAGAGGAACAGAAAAAAAAGAGAAAAGGAUCUGGGGAGGGUCCUGUGGAUUGGGAAGAACGAGAGGAUGAACCCGUCAAAAAGAAAUCUGAUGGACCAGAUAAUAUCAUCAAGAGGAUAUUUAAUAUUUUGAAAUUUACCUGGGUCCUCUUUCUGGCAACAGUGGAUAGUUUCACAACUUGGCUUAACUCCAUUUCAAGGGAGCAUAUUGAUAUAUCUACAGUUCUGAGAAUUGAAAGAUGCAUGUUAACCAGAGAAAUUAAAAAGGGCAAUGUUCCAACCCGGGAAAGCAUCCACAUGUACUAUCAGAACCACAUCAUGAACCUUUCCAGAGAGUCUGGACUGGAUGCAAUUGACGGCCGUCCUGGUGCUUCUUCAGGUGCACAGACAGCCCACAGGAUGGAUAGCUUAGAUUCACAUGACAGUAUCUCCAGCUGCUACACUGAAGCAACCAUGCUGUUCUCAAGGCAGUCUACCCUUGAUGAUUUAGAUGGACCAGACACUGUUCCUAAAACAAGUGAGCGUGCUCGACCUAGGCUCCGUAAAAUGCUCAGCUUGGAUAUGUCCUCCUCAUCAGCUGACAGUGGCAGUUUAGCAUCAAGCGAGCCCACGCAGUGCACCAUGCUAUACUCGCGCCAGGGGACCACAGAAACCAUAGAAGAGGUGGAGACGGAGCAAGAUGAGGAGGUGGGAGUCAGGGACACUGACGAUGAGGGCGGUGAGGCCACGUUGGAUGCAGGGCCAGAGGGGCCCGAAGAGGAGGAGGAAGACGAGGAAGUGGAGGAGGUGGAAGAGGAGGAGGAGGAGGUGGAGGAGGCAGAGGAGACGGAAGAAUCCGAGGAGGCCAGCCUCACCCCUGACACUGAGCUGCCACAGUACUCCACCGAGGAGGGCGACGUGGAGGUCCCUCCGUCCUACAGCAAGGCGGUCAGUUUUGAGCGCCUGUCCUUCGGCUCGAGGGAUGACUCUGCAAGCCCCAACCGCAUGGCGGUCAGCCCCGACGACAGCCGCUCCGACAGGCUGGAAUCCAGCAUCUUACCACCCCUGACUCAUGAGCUGACUGCCAGCGAGCUGCUGCUGAACAAGAUGUUCCAUGACGAUGAGCUUGAAGAGUCAGAAAAAUUCUACGUUGACCAGCCCAGGUUCUUGCUGUUGUUCUAUGCCAUGUACAACACUCUGGUGGCCCGCUCAGAAAUGGUGUGCUAUUUUGUGAUCAUCCUCAACCACAUGGUCUCUGCCUCCAUGAUCACCCUCGUACUCCCCAUUCUGAUCUUCCUCUGGGCCAUGCUGUCUGUCCCAAGGCCCAGCAGACGGUUCUGGAUGAUGGCCAUUGUCUACACAGAGGUGACAAUUGUGGUCAAGUAUUUCUUCCAAUUUGGGUUUUUUCCCUGGAAUAAGAAUGUGGAAUUGAACAAGGAUAAACCUUACCAUCCACCUAACAUCAUAGGUGUGGAAAAGAAAGAAGGCUAUGUUCUUUAUGACCUCAUUCAGCUCCUGGCUCUUUUCUUCCAUCGAUCAAUUCUGAAGUGCCAUGGCUUAUGGGAUGAAGAUGACAUCACUGAGAGUGGCACCGGCAAGGAAGAAUCAGAUGAUGAGCUGUCCCUCAGUCGUGGCAGAAGGGCUUCCUCUGAUUCUCUGAAAUCCAUCAACCUGGCCGCAUCCACAGAGUCAGUGCAUGUGUCCUUCCCUGAGCAGCCGACAGCUGUACGGAGGAAACGCUCUGGCAGCAGCUCCCAGAUAUCACCUAGAUCCAGCUUUUCUUCAACUAGGUCCCAAAGAGGCAGCACAAGCACCCGAAACAGCAGUCAAAAAGGAAGCAGUGUUUUGAGCAUCAAGCAAAAAAGCAAAAGGGAACUUUAUGUGGAAAAGCUUCAAGAACAUUUAAUCAAAGCAAAAGCAUUUACCGUAAAGAAGACUCUGCAAAUAUAUGUGCCCAUCAGACAGUUCUUCUACAACCUCAUCCACCCAGACUACAGCGCUGUGACCGAUGUCUAUGUGCUCAUGUUCCUGGCUGACACUGUCGACUUUGUCAUCAUAGUCUUUGGCUUUUGGGCCUUUGGGAAACACUCAGCAGCAGCAGACAUCACCUCUUCACUGUCUGAGGACCAGGUACCUGGGCCAUUUCUGGUGAUGGUUCUCAUUCAGUUUGGAACCAUGGUGGUGGACCGAGCAUUGUACCUCAGGAAGACUGUAUUGGGAAAGGUCAUUUUCCAGGUCAUUCUUGUGUUUGGAAUUCACUUCUGGAUGUUCUUCAUCUUGCCUGGUGUGACUGAGAGGAAAUUCAGCCAGAACCUGGUUGCUCAGCUUUGGUAUUUUGUGAAAUGUGUUUACUUCGGGUUGUCUGCCUACCAAAUCCGUUGUGGCUACCCGACACGAGUCCUUGGAAACUUCCUCACAAAGAGCUACAAUUAUGUCAACCUCUUCUUGUUUCAAGGGUUCCGCCUCGUUCCAUUUUUGACUGAGCUGAGGGCUGUGAUGGACUGGGUGUGGACAGACACAACCUUGAGCCUCUCCAGCUGGAUCUGUGUGGAGGACAUCUAUGCUCACAUAUUCAUCCUGAAGUGUUGGCGGGAGUCAGAAAAAAGAUACCCUCAACCCCGGGGACAGAAGAAGAAGAAAGUGGUGAAGUACGGCAUGGGAGGCAUGAUCAUCGUUCUGCUCAUUUGUAUUGUCUGGUUUCCUCUUCUCUUCAUGUCUUUGAUCAAGUCUGUCGCUGGGGUGAUCAACCAACCCCUGGAUGUCUCGGUCACGAUUACCCUGGGAGGUUACCAGCCUAUUUUCACAAUGAGUGCCCAGCAAAGCCAGCUGAAAGUUAUGAACCAGACAAUGUUUGACAGAUUUAUGCACGGUUUCUCUAGGGACACUGGUGCUAUGCAAUUUCUGGAAAAUUAUGUAAAAGAAGACAUAACAGUAGCAGAACUGGAAGGAAACUCAAAUUCUUUAUGGACCAUCAGCCCUCCCAGUAAGCAGAAAAUGAUAAACGAACUCAAGGACCCCAAUAGUAGCUUCUCUGUUGUUUUUUCAUGGAGUAUUCAGAGAAACAUGAGUCUGGGUGCAAAAGCAGAAAUAGCAACAGAUAAGCUUUCUUUUCCUCUUAAAAAUAUUACACGAGAGAAUAUAGCUAAAAUGAUAGCUGGCAACAACACAGAAAGUUCAAAAACACCAGUGACUAUAGAAAGGAUCUACCCAUAUUACGUGAAAGCACCUAGUGAUUCUAACUCCAAACCUAUAAAGCAACUUUUAUCUGAAAAUAAUUUCAUGAAUAUCACCAUCAUUUUGUCCAGAGACAAUGCAACUAAAUCUGACAGUGAGUGGUGGGUUCUCAACCUGACUGGAAAUAGAAUAUAUAAUCAGCAUGCCCAGGCCUUGGAGCUGGUGGUCUUCAAUGACAAAGUUAGCCCCCCGAGUCUGGGCUUCCUGGCUGGCUAUGGUAUCAUGGGAUUAUAUGCUUCAGUUGUCCUCGUGAUUGGGAAGUUUGUCCGUGAAUUCUUCAGUGGGAUUUCUCACUCCAUCAUGUUUGAAGAGCUUCCAAAUGUGGAUCGAAUUUUGAAGUUGUGCACAGAUAUUUUUUUAGUUCGAGAGACAGGGGAACUAGAACUAGAGGAAGAUCUCUAUGCCAAAUUAAUAUUCCUGUACCGUUCACCAGAAACCAUGAUCAAAUGGACUAGAGAAAAAACAAAUUGAUACCUUAGGACACAGACUGCAAAUCAAGUUAACGUUUGAAUUCUCCAAAAAAAAAAAAAAAAGCACAAUAUUCUCAUAAGAGCUAAAGCAUUUCUAGUUCAAUGGAAAUGAUUUCUCUUCUGACAGGUGGCCAAAGGGAGUUGACUUCCUUUUGCAGUCAGAGCUACCUUGCAAGUUAAAGGCGCUAUUGAAUUUGUAAUUCCGUUUCUCUGAAAUCAGGGCUACUUGGAUUAUAUUUUAGUCAAUGGUGUCUUGCAUUCUGAUGGACUAUGUGAAGGAAUCAUUUAUGGGUCUCCUCCCUCAGAGAAACAGAAGAGAAGAAUAAGUAAGAAGAAAAGACACCAUGUUUUCCUGUGUGGGGACUGCGCCCUUCCUGAAGAGAUGCUUUAUGCAUGCACAGCACCCUGUCGCCACUGGGGAAGAUGCUGUGAGGAGAAUAGGUGGACUUCAGCGCACCCGAAAUAUGCAACAGCAAUAGGAGGCUGAAAACUCCUAAACAUGUUUCUAGGAGGCAGAGAGAGAGAGCCAGUGACCCACGAAGAUGCCAGUGGAUGGAUAAGCCUCGUUCUAAGCAAAAAGAUAACAUUAGUGACACUCUUACUGCCUUAUCUUAACUGAAGACUAAUACAUUUUUUUUUCCCAUUAAACACCAGUGACUUCUCAGGGAAAAAAAAAAAAAGCAGCAAAACAAAUAUGUGGACACUGGCUUUGUUGAGGCCCAGCUAGUGACUCACUUCAACAGUGGUAGCUGUUUAGCUUCAGAGAGUUACUGCUCCUGGUAAAACACAGACACGAGGUAGAAAAAGUGCCGCCCAGCGGAUGUGGAAUACUUUGACUUUGUAACUCUUUACUCACUGAGCUCAUGAGCACUCUUCUACCUUCCCCAUUCCUGAACAUGCUUUGUCCUAUUUCGAUGAUUUAAGGCAAUGGUUUUUCCAGUAUGUGAUAUUUUCCUUCCUGUUUUUCAGGUAUAUCAAAGAGUUUACAUAUUCGAAUUCACAUUUUUACAUCUGAGACGGGUUUUUUAAGUUCAUAAUUAUGAAAGAAAUAUGUAUAUUGAGCUUGGGAAAAUUAAAAAAAUGGCCUUUUCUUAACUUAUUAUUAUUGGUAAUACAACAUCUUCAUUAAAUAACAAUGUAGCAUGGAAAUUAAUGACUGAAAUGUAGUUGUCAUUCCAUAUUAAAGUACAGUGUCUGAGAAGAAUCAUUGAAUGGACUAGAAUAUGUAAAAAAAAAAUGAUCUUAUGUAGUUUGGGUUCAGGACUGACUUAAAAUA